AUGUCGCCCCAUGGAUGUGAUAGCAGGGACAUGACAAUCUUCAGAGAUGAUGAUGGCAAGGCGUACCUCAUUUAUUCCUCUGAGGAUAAUAGUGAACUCCACAUUGGACCACUCACCGAAGAUUAUCUUGAUGUAACUCAUAGUGCACGAAGGAUUCUCGUGGGACAGCACCGGGAAGCUCCAGCCCUGUUUAAGCACGGGGGCACUUAUUACAUGAUCACGUCGGGAUGCACUGGAUGGGCUCCAAACGAAGCACUGGCUCAUGCAGCUGAGUCUAUUAUGGGGCCAUGGGAGACAAUUGGGAACCCAUGUAUUGGAGGGAAUAAAGUGUUUCGGCUCACUACAUUUUUUGCACAGAGUACGUAUGUAAUUCCUUUGCCGGGGAUUCCAGGUUCGUUUAUCUUCAUGGCAGACCGGUGGAAUCCGGCUGACCUGAGGGAUUCAAGGUAUGUAUGGUUGCCUUUAGUAGUUGGGGGACCCGCUGAUCGGCCAUUUGAUUAUAGUUUUGGAUUCCCUUUAUGGUCAAGAGUGUCGAUAUAUUGGCAUAGAAAGUGGAGACUUCCUCCUGGGUGGAGUGUCUCGAAAUGAUACUAGGCUUUCCCCUUAUUUUAGCCGUACUGUAUCAUAUAUGCUGAGGUUCUUUGGUUACUUUUACACUGGUCUUCAUUGUUUUGUCCAUAAUUUUAAAGCUUCUGGUUUUUAGCUCUCACAGCACGAUAACAUGAUGUAGAUGGGUUAAGUGUCAAACACUUCCAGUGGAAACUUAUACUUACUUGGUUAGGUGACUGUUAAUAUAACUUUUUAGGAGGAUGGAUCUUUA